CUUAGAGAGGCUUCUGUGACGCGAGGGGCAGAGAUAGAGGCUAGAACCCAACCAGUGCGAAAGGGGAAGGCGAUGGGGUGGGGCGGGCGCAAGCGAUUCUUCCCUCCCGGCCAGGCUGCGCGCCAAGUUGGGACAGGAGGGGGGAAAUGAUGGGCUCGGAGGACGGCAGGAGGUGGCCAGGAAGAGAGGCACUCACCGUUGUAGGGAAGGGCCUGGGAAGAGCAGAGUUCCUGUCCCCAAAGCGAGCCGAAAUGAGGUCCCCAGAGCGGGGCCCCCAGAGUUCGAAAAUGAAGACAGUGCGUUUCUCUUUGGACCCCCAAGGAGCGAGGAAGGGCGCCGAAAGGGAACCGGCAGCUAGGGCUUAUUCGGCAACCGGCAAGGUUCUGCCGAUCCAGGUUGGACCGCCCGGGGCUGGGGUAAGGUGCGACCCCCGGAGUUGCUGGGCAGCGCCGAGACCCAAGGAGCACAAAAUAGGAAAACCUUCCGCAAGGGGACGCCAUUUCCGCGUGGCGCAGGACCCUAGCACUACUAGCGCUGCCGCCUCGGCAGUCAACCUCUGUGAAUCACACGGGGACCUUGGAGAUGAACCCUUGGAUUCCCAGAGCAAGUUUGCCAAGGACUCUGGGAGUUCCACUGCACCGUGUGUUAGUUUAAUAAAUAUAAUUUUCAAGCCACAGAUGCUAACAAAGUCAGAGAUGACCUUUAAAGAAAAGACCAUGACGGAGCUGAGGAAGGUGAAUAGCCGAAUAAAACAAACUCGAAUGCAGCAAGAAUCAGUAAUGCAGGAAACCAAGCAGCUAUACAAUGAAAAGUUACUUGUCCAGACUGAAAACCAAUUCUUUCUGGAAUACCUAGACAAGGAAAUUGAGGAGUACAGAAGGAAGCCUGAAGAGCUAUGGGAACAUUAUUUACAAAAAAGUGAGGAGAUUGAACAAAGGAGACAAGAAUCAGCCUCCAGAUUUGCAAAACAAACCUCAGUGUUUAAAGGGGAGCUCUUGCAGAAGGAAAACCUCCAAUCCAAUUUAAAGCAGCAGUUGCAGGCACUGAGGGAUGUUUCCCUAGUAAAGGAGAAACAGGAGAGAGAAAUACAGAUGUUACAGGAGAAGAAAAAGGAAGCCCAAGCUGAGAUCGAUGCAAAGAAAUUGGAAGUCCAGCUCCAGAUGGUCCAGGAAAAAGCAUUACUGGAAAAACAAUUGAGUGAGCCAGACCCAAGGCAGUUGGGAAAAAGAAAAAGAGAAGAGCUUGAAAGGAAGGCCCAGGCCUUGGAGGCAGGAGCAAAGCAGUAUACUUUUGAGUUCUACCAUGACAUGAGGAGAGAGAACCAGCAGUUAAAGAAGGAAUUACAGCAGCAAACUCAGCAGUGCCAGGAGUUGGAGGCUAUUAGGAGCUGGCUCAAAAAUCAAAAGCAGCAGCUCCAGCAGGAACAGUGGUAUAUGGAGUGCUUAGUCCGGGGGAGGAACCGACUACAGGGAAGGCAUAACCCGUGCCCAGGACAGGGUGCUCCAAAGACCACAAUAACACCUCUCCUAAUCACCAAAUCAAAUAUUAAUCCAAAGCAAUUCCCAAAACAACACUGAUUAUAUAAGGAGUAAGAAUCCUCACGUG